AUGGCGAGAAGAGACUAUUCUGCUUCCGAGUCGGAGUCGCAACCAAAACAGGCACAAUCAAACAGUCGCUCGUCCACCAAAGCCAGGAACUUGGCAUUACAGCAGGCCCAGAAGGAGAUUUUAUCAAAGCACAUCAACUCCAACGGACCACAGGACAAACCACUGGUUGACCCGCUGGAUUUUGAGAGCUUGCCCAAUGAGAGUCUCAGAAAAUACAGAGAGUUGUUCUUGCUGCCUAAUCCUGAAGAGUACCCGAAUGUUCCACGGGAAGAUAUCAUACCCACGAGUUUCAGCAGGCAUGGGGAAUUGUUGAGGUCAAAGUUAGCCCAAAGCACUCUAUCAGCUAAAAGAGGCAACCGGAUCUCCAAGAAUGACCUUGCGAAUGUUGUGAAAAGUCAUUAUUUGAAUACUCCCGUUAAAGAGAGCGAUAUCAUCACCAACUUUAUUUACAAGGUGAUAAAUCAAGGUGAGUAUUAUACCUUUCAAUUUACGCUACAGCACUUGCAGCUGCUAACCCUUUUAGAGAAAAAAUUCAAGCUGGACUUCAACCAAUGA